AUGCUUCCAUGUUCGGUGACUCUAAACAUCCCUUUUCAAACGGAAAAACAAGCCGUCAUAGCAAAAAGAAGCCUAGAACCAGAUCCAAUUCUCAAAGCUAACGAAUUGGCUGUGGAAUAUAUCGCUGAGGACUCUAGCCUAAUUUGCAAAUUCACCGGGGUCAAUGAUAGAGCACUCCGAGUGGCUAUUAGCAGUGUCAUAGACAAUCUUAAGACGGUGGUCGAGUGUAUGGAUGAGUUUGAGCGAUAG